ACAUGCAGGGAAGGAACACGAACGUAUAACCAAAUGGCCGUAGAAGAAGGUAUUAUAAAGGCAGAACGCAUUCACGGAAAGACAAUUCUAGCUCCGUUGAUUUCAUCUUCUAUAAUAAGAGAGUGUCAGAUGGAAAAGCACCACCUCACCACCCAUCCCACAGGCCACAGUGUGUUCAGAGGGCGGUCAUAG